CCCGGGCUGACGCGGAGCCGGGCCGGGCCGACCUGCCCCCUUCCUCCCGCUGCCGCAGAGGCCUGACAAGACCACAUCCUCCCUGUGCUAGGACUGCCCCAUCUCCUGGGUGACCUCCCAGCCCCGCAGUGAGGAUGCGUGCCUGGAAGGCGGUGGCCAGCACGCUGGCGCUCAGCGGGGCCGACGUGGUGGUCACCACGCUGCUCUACACCCACGGCCGGGGUGGCCGGGACGUCCUGCAGGACCUAAGGCACUUCAACAUCUUCAACUCGCUGCUGGACAUCUGGGGGGGCUGCCUCUACCGCAGUUGUGUGCUGCUGGGGGCUGCCAUCGGGGUGGCCACCAACACGGCCUACGGGCCCCGGCGCCUCCGGGCAUCACGGACCUUCAUCGCCAUCGUCUGCGUCCUCAUGGGCAUCUACAUGAUGGUGAAGCUGCUGCUCUACUCGGAGGUGCGGAAGACCAUCAAGGACCCCUGGUUCUGGGGGCUCUUUGCCUGGACCUACGUGGCGUUGGCAGCCACCUUUGGGCUGUGGCAGCUGCUGGCCUGUGUCACCUCCUCCCGCGAGGCGCUGGGGCCUGGCUCUGAGUCCCGUGCCGAGGCGGAGGAGAGCUGCGACGGCGGCGCCCCGCGGGACAAGCAGAAAGAGGCAGCAGGUCCCACCAUCUGUAAGCUGCUGUCCUACACCAAGCCAGAUGCCUUCUUCCUGGGCAUUGCCUCCUUCUUCCUCCUCGUGGCUGCGCUGGGAGAGACCUUCCUGCCCUACUACACAGGGCUGGCCAUUGACGGUAUCGUGGUGCAGAAGAGCAUGGACCACUUCUCCAUGGCGGUGCUGGUCAUGUCGCUGCUCGCCAUAGGAAGCUCAUUUGCCGCAGGUGUCCGGGGCGGCUUUUUUACCCUCAUCUUUGCAAGGCUGAACAUUCGCCUUCGCAACUGCCUCUUCAGGUCACUGGUGUCUCAGGAGAUGAGCUUCUUUGAUGAGAAUCGCACAGGGGACAUCAUCUCCCGCCUCACAUCGGACACGACCAUCGUGAGCGACCUGGUCUCCCAGAACAUCAACAUCUUCCUGCGCAACGUGGUGAAGGCCACAGGAGUGAUCUUUUUCAUGUUCAGCCUCUCCUGGAAGCUCUCCCUCGUCACCUUCAUGGGAUUCCCCAUCAUCAUGCUGGUGUCUGAGGUCUAUGGGAAGUACUACGAGAAGCUCUCCAAGGAUGUGCAGAGCGCCUUGGCCAAGGCCAACAACACAGCCGAGGAGACCAUCUCUGCCAUGAAGACCGUCCGCAGCUUUGCCAACGAGGAGGCAGAGGCCAACGUGUACCUGCAGAAGCUGCAGCAGGUCUACAAGCUCAACAAGCGGGAGGCCAUGGCUUACACCUACUAUGUCUGGUGCAGCGGGCUGACCCUCCUGGUGGUCCAGGUCAGCAUCAUUUACUAUGGUGGGCACCUGGUGAUCUCUGGGCAAAUGACCAGUGGCAACCUGAUCUCCUUCAUCAUUUAUGAGUUUGUCUUAGGAGACUGCAUGGAGUCCGUUGGCUCUGUCUACAGUGGCCUGAUGCAGGGAGUGGGAGCUGCCGAGAAGGUGUUCGAGUUCAUCGACCGCCAGCCCACCAUGGUGAACGAUGGGUCCCUGGCCCCAGAGCACGUGGAUGGGAAGGUGGAGUUCAGGAAUGUGACCUUUUCCUACCGCACUCGCUCCUCGACCCAGGUCCUCCAGAAUGUGUCCUUCACCCUGCACCCUGGCAGAGUGACGGCGCUGGUGGGUCCUUCGGGGAGCGGGAAGAGCUCCUGCGUCAACAUCCUGGAGAACUUCUACCCUCUGCAGGACGGGCAGGUGCUGCUGGACGGGCAUCCCAUUAACAUGUACGAUCACAAGUACCUGCACUCAGUGAUCUCCCUGGUGAGCCAGGAGCCGGUGCUGUUCGCCCGCUCCAUUGCAGAUAAUAUUUCUUACGGUUUAACCUCAGCCUCCUUCGAGUCCGUGGUUCAGGCUGCCCAGAAGGCCAACGCACACACCUUCAUCACCGAGCUGCAGGACGGCUACCACACAGAGGCAGGAGAAAAAGGAACCCAGCUGUCAGGUGGCCAGAAGCAGAGAGUGGCAAUUGCCAGGGCCUUGAUCCGGGCUCCCCCCAUCCUCAUCCUGGAUGAAGCCACGAGCGCGCUGGAUGCGGAGAGCGAGCAUGCGAUCCAGCAGGCAAUUUACGGCGACUCGCAGAACCAGACGGUGCUUGUCAUCGCGCACAGGCUGAGCACUGUGGAGAAGGCACACAACAUCAUUGUGCUGGACAAGGGCCGCGUGGUGCAGCAGGGCUCACACAAGGAGCUGAUGGAAGAAGGAGGCCUUUAUUCCAAGCUGGUGCAGAGACAGAUCCUGGGGCUGGAAGGGGGCGGCACGGACAGUCGCAAACCCGCAGCCCUGGGGGAUUCGGCGAAGGCAGCGGGUGGGCUGCAGGAAGAGUUCAGGAUAGACCAUUCUCUGCCGGCCGCGCCACAGGACGAUUACAACAACAUGGCUCACAAGUGAGAGCUGAGGGACACUGAGGCAGGAGGGGGCUCCCCAGGGACCCCUCUCUGCCCCCUCCACGUGUCACACACCCGGGCACACACCAACACUCGGUUUCCAGCUUCCCACUGGACGGGCCGGCGGGCAGACCCUGGCUGCUUAAACGGGGACAUGGAUGUAAUUUGAGGGAGUUGGGUCUUGAGCAAUUCCCAGCAUUUCUACUGGGUUUCUUUUCUUACCUCCAGUAAUUCCUCUUGACUGGGACUUUUCUCCCAUUGAUAUGCAUGUGUAACUGCUAAUAACGUAAUGGAUGUUAAAUGCAUGCGUGGAGGGGAAGAUGGAAAACCCCUUCAGGAAUUUCAGGGGGUGGCUUUUGUGGCUGGAUAGAAAAACAGUGACUGUAAAACAAGAUCCUGCUCCUUCUCCCAACCUGUGGAGCCCAUCCAAAAUCCACUGAAGCCCGUAGGGAGCUCCCUCUGGCUUCAGUGAAAGCUGGAUUGGCUCCCAUGGGCCUGAACACCAGGAGAGUUCUGCACUGAGGGCCUGCAGGCUCAGGCUCGUGGCCACCACUGCUGAGCUGGUACCAGGUAGUCACCAUCCUUUGGAACAAGCCAGGGGACCCAGGAGGCAGACGCUGCUUUCAGAUUUGCUCUUGGUGCUUGUUGGGUGUUUGUUUUUAAGGAUGAAAAGUUUUACCAUAAUUGGGUUAGGUUUUGGGGUUGAGGGUGUGUUUUGAUUACUUUUUUUUGGCUUGGAUUUUGGUUGCAGGGUUGUUUGUUUUUUUUAAAUGUAUUUGUGUGCACUGUGCAAUGUCUGUCUGGCUCCAGCAUCCACUGAAAAUUAUUCUGUUGUUUCAGAAUUUUUUUAACUGACAACCAGGAUGCUGGUUUGAGAUUAAAAAUAAACACUACUAAAGACAGGCAUAAAACACUAAAAGACAGCACUUUAAAAAUCCCACCAAAGUUUUGUUCAGCUUCAGGCCAUGCUAGAGACUUCACUGCAUGGGAAAGCCUCUUUCCUUGAAGUCCAGCUUCAGCUGCCUGAACUUUAAUAUGUUUCUUUGAAUAUUAUUUAUUAACUUCCUUUUAAGUAUGAGGGAUAGAAAGAACCACGUUGCUCCUGGCUCUUCUGGGUAAUAGCUCUGCCUUAGUAGUGUUACCCUGCCAUAGAUUGGUGAAGAAACCUAUGCAGCCAGGCAGGUGCUGUUGAAAAAUAGCAUUUAUAUGGAGAUUAUUGACUCCAGACUGUGUAGUUAUCAAAUUAUCUCAAGCACUUUAGAUCUCAUAUUUUCUGAUAUUUAAAUGUUGCUGUGUUUUACUUUUGUUUGGCAGGUUUGCACUUCUGUUGUUGGCGAUGAUUUGUUUUUGUUUAGUGAUGUUUUACAAACUCUUUAGUGUCCUUGAGAAGGGAUGCUCAAAAAAUAAAAUACUACCUCUGCC